AAUCGAGGAGGCAAAGACAGAGCGAUUGAUUUUUUCGCACAAAUUAUUGAACCAGAGCCAAAACCUAACAACAUCAGUUUCGUUGCUUCCCAUUUCUUGAUAAUAAUUUUCAACGAAUUCAGCCAUAAAAAAUUGCUACCAAAUUACCAAUUCUACACUUCCUCCAAUUUCCGAAAACCCUAAACUCCGAGGUUUUUUUUAGAUUCUUUUAAAUUCUUGUUUUUUCCAAUUCGAAACACUGAAUUCAAAAUCAGGUUUUCAAUUUUAACAUCCACCACAAUGGGAGAUCUUCCUCGUGGCAUCGACGAUUACGCGAUUAAACAAAACGAGCUUCGAGAAUCCGAAGAAUCACAAUCGCAACUUCGCGAAUAUAACCUUUCCCUUCUCCUCCAAUUGAACCACAAAGACCAACUCCUUCAACGCCACAAGUCUGAAGCGGAUAUGAACGCGCGAGCUUUGAAGAAGUUUGAUGCGGAGAAUCAGAGACUUGCGUCGGCGUGUCAGAAAUUGUUGGGCAAAGGGCAAAACUUGGAAAGGGAAAUUGCUUUGUAUGAACAUGAUAGGGAAACCUUGAUGGAAUUUGGGAAUGAAGCUGAUGAACGAGAACGACAGGCUCAGUCGCGCGUUUUCGAAUUGGAACGGAAUUUGCUCUUGGUUAUGGAUGAAUUGAAUAAAUUCAAGCAUCAAAACGAUUUAAUGGUCGUUUCUUCUUCUACAUGCACAUCUGGAGAAAAGAAUUUACUUGACUCUCUUUUGGCAACACUUACUAGCAAAAAUGAUGAAUCUACAUAUGCAUUUUUGGAAGCAAAUAUUGAAAAUGCGUCCUGUAAAAGGCUGCUGAGUACGUGGAACUGCUUACAGCCUUCAAUUCGGAGAGUUUUGUCUCUAGUUGCCAAAAUCAAGUCACUUCAGAAAGAUAAGGAGCAUCUAACAACUAACCUUCGCAAAGCUGAGGAGGAGGUCAAUUUACUGUUUAAUGAAAACACCAUAUUGGACACGGAGAACAAAAGGCUAUUGAAGAAAUACAAGGAAAGGAACCACCCUAACUCGGGCGAGAAACAUACCAGCAGCGCAUCUGCCAAGUCAAACAAGAGAAAAUCUAGCCCCAAAACAAGUAGCCCUAUGGAGCGGAAGGAAAGGAAUCACCCCAGUUCGGGUGAGAAACAUACCGGCAGCCCAUCUGCUAAGGCAUACAAGAGACAGUCUAGUCCCAGAACAAGUAGCUCUGUGGAGAGGAAGAUUGAUUUUGACGAUAUAGAUUCAGCAAGACAACCACUAUCAUCCUUACAAUAUAACUCCCCAGACUGUAGAAUACAUAAGCAAUAAUGUGAAACUAAUGUGCUACUAUAAUGAGUUUGAUCAAUUCUUUAGUAGUGUUUCUGAUUAACAUAUGGGUUGAUCAAUCAUAGUUUCAACUUUACAUAUCUGUUGCUUCUAAGAAUCUAUAUUGAUCACGAUUUUUCUUGUUUUACUUAAAUUAAAUUGAAAUUCUUGCCCA